AGCCAAUAGGCUGUGGAAGGCAGAGUUGUCCCUGUGGCCGCCAUUAAAGAAAGGAAUCCAUGAAUUCAAAUGGAAACCAACAGGAACCGAGGCUCUAAUAAUGAUCAAAAUCUCUGCUGAAACGUAGGCCGGUGCCAGAUUUCGAGACGUUUCGCCAGGAUGUAUUUCAUUUUUUGGAUAAAUUUAGCGAUGGAGGAGUGAGACGAGGCGUUUUUGUUUUAUUUUUUAUUUUUUUUUUAAAGCGGAGACCGUUUUAGGGCUAAGGGGGAGGGGGAGAGUUGCUUCUUUGCUCUCCUUUUCUUUUUGUUUUAUGAACAUUUUUACGCUCUUUUGAACAUGGUUUUACGGCGUACUUUUGGGAUGUCGGCGUAGGGACGGCAUUGUCUCUUUUAUCCGCUUCUUUUUUUUUAUUUUUUAUUUUUUAUUUUAUCUCUGGCGGAGGAAACUGCAGUCGGAAGGUUGUUUGUUGAAUUAACUCCUCCAGCCAAAUGUUACAGAAAAAUAUUUCUCGCUGAUUAGGCUUGCACAGAAAACACUCACAGAGGCUAAUUGUUUUUUAAUUUCCCCUGGACGUGAAAACGAUGGAGAGUUGGAUCUCGCAGUGAAGAAGGAUGAGUUCUUGUUUCGUACCGAACGGGGCCAGCUUGGAGGAUUGCCAUUCCAAUCUAUUCUGUCUGGCUGACUUGACGGGGAUCAAAUGGAAGAAGUUCGUGUGGCAGGGUCCCACCUCUGCCCCCAUCCUCUUCCCGGUGACGGAGGAGGACCCCAUCCUGUGCAGCUUCAGCCGCUGCCUUAAGGCCGACGUGCUGAGCGUGUGGCGGCGCAGCCAGCGGCAGGGCUGGAGGGAGCUGUGGCUCUUCUGGUGGGGGGACGACCCCAACUUCGCCGACCUGAUCCACCACGAACUCGCAGCCGAGGACGACGACCUGUGGGAGAACGGCCUCUCCUACGAGUGUCGCACUCUGCUGUUCAAAGCCAUCCACAACUUGCUGGAGCGCUGCCUCAUGAACCGCAGCUUCGUGCGCAUCGGCAAGUGGUUCGUCAAGCCCUACGAGAAACACGAGAAGCCCAUCAACAAGAGGUACGCCACAAACUCCUCCACUCGUCCGUUUUCUGCCUCGCUGCCGUUUCAAACCAUAUUAUGCUCAUGGAUGUUUGGCUACUAGAGCGAUAUUCCCUGCUUUAAAAAUCCUGAAACGGCAGAUUGUUUUUGAAAAUAUUCAGUGCUCUACAUAACUCUUGUGAUAUUAGAGUUUAAAUAUUGGCCACAGAGGUGCUUUAGUGGCCCCAUUGUCUGCCUCAUAUCUUUCCUGUUACUCUCAGUGUGUGUGCAGCUGAGCCAUCCUCCUUCUCGCCGCUAUCUGCUGAGCUGGAUUUCUUACAGUCAGUGUCUGGUCUUAUAGAUAACAGAUGCAGUACUUGUGUACCAAAGAAACUGUGGCCAUGGUGGCUUUUCUUUCUUUUUUUUCUUCCUUUUUCCAUUUAUUUUGUUUGCGCUUGCUCUCGACUUCUCCACUCUAAAAAAAAAAUCAGCUUGUUGUCAAAGAUGUUUUUUAGGUUGUUGUUUUCAAGAUUUGUAGCUGCACCUGAUGCUGCAGGUUUAAUACUUGUGUAAACGUAACAACAGGAGAGAGUUUGAUAAGAUGGCUGUGCUAAAGAGAGAGUAGAGGGAGCUGUACAUGGUGUUGUUUACAGUUUAGCUGAUAAUCUGCCUGUAUCAGGCGUUUAUUGUUUGUAUUCUUGCUAGAUUUCCCUUUGACUGGGUUGAGGACGUCAUGAUAUUAACUUGAGAGUAUUGACAGGCUUGUUGUAGGGAUAUAAAACUAACUGGAUAACUUUUGCUUUUUUUUUUCCAUGAUUUUUUUUGUGCAUGUAUUUAAUUUAGAGUUUAUAUGCAGUGUAGAAAAGCGUUAAAUUUGUUUGCAGAGCAGGAAAAUGAGCUGUUUUUUUUUGUUUGUUUUUUUUUGACCAUAUGGAAAGCAUCCAAAUUGGACUUUUUCACAGCAGUCUGAACGGUCCACAAAAAUCAGACUUUUACCACUUCCACAUGCGGUACUGAUGCAGACACGCAUCUGAUAUUUAUCAUAGCACCUGCUGUCUGAACGAUCAUGUCGCAUUUAAUCCGACUUUUAUGUCACUGGCGUGAGACAAGUGUCUCAAUUCUGCACCAAAAGAAGCCAGAUGUGGCAAAUCCAGACAUAAACAAUGGCUGAAAAUUAUAAUUAUGUGUCGGUAAAGCACGUCACCUCCCAAUCCCACCACUCUCAGCUCUGACUGCACAUCUAAACUGACUUCUCUGCAGAAACAAAUUGCAGUCAACGUGCCACAAAAUGACAUCGCUAGUGGCGCAUUCUCUUGAUUAGCUCACGUUGUUUUGUUACGAUCUUGUGACAAUCGUGUCGACUCUGGAUAGCUUUUAAGUAAAGCUGUUUUAUGGCCGUUUUACGGCAGCACCAUGAACGGUGUGCUGCCGUGUGACGUCAGAGUUCUGCACGAGCAGGUCGCAAACCGUUCACACAGACGUCUGACUGCGGUUGCAUUUAAUUAGUUCUAUGAAUAAACACACAAAAAAGCUGAAUGGGAAUUGAGCAUCUAGAUGUGCUGCAUGAACUCAGCCUGAGACGCGUUAUUCCUUCUUACCUUCAGUGUUUCCUUCCCUUUUUUUUUUCUUGUUUUCUUCCUUUUAUGCUUUUUACCAUAUGAACUUCAAUCGAUUCUUCCUUCCACUCUACAUCAAACCAGACCCGGAUACAAAUAUCAGCAUAGUGAACUCUUGUAAAUAUACUGAAGCCUGGCAACUAACUGCUAGUUUAAGUUGGUAAAACUAAGAUAGAUUAAAAGAUGAGCGGCAAAAGCAAAUAAGGCGGAAUAGCAGUGUUUACCAACAGUUGGUGGUGUCGUCCAGGACAUGUUACUGUGGAAUAUCUUUGAGCUUUUGGCCCGACACACAGAAACUGUCUUUAGACAGAGGAUUUUAUUUAUUGCAGAACUGACUGCUGGUGGUGACUCAUUGAAGAUACCAGGAUGGUUUAAGUUACAGCAUUCAAUUUUCCUAUGAAAAUGCAUGAAGUAUUUUUCAGUUUUCAAUGGAAUUAAGAUAU